CUUGUGCAAAAUGGAUCCCUGGAGUCAGUCUCAUGUGUUCACACUUGACGUGCACUCGAAGCACAUCGAGGGUGGAAAAAAGCUCCCAAAUCGUCAGGAUCGGACCGUCGAGGAAUGAUAGCAGGAUGUUGGGUCCUUGCAAUCUUCUCGAUCGGAGUGACCGGAAGCUGCAUUUCGCCCUCGCCCCUCGUCUUGCAAAUGAUCUUGGACUAUGCUCAGUGGAGAACUUGGGAGGAAGUGGUUCUCUUCGAUGAUCUCAAUUCAACCAAUUGUGCCAUCAAGUACGCCAGGCCUUUGAUCCAGUGCUUCGGCGAGAGAGGGAUGAAGGUAUCUAUUCAGUCUUCUAUCAAUCCGGGGUUACCGGAAGCCCUCAAAAUCCAAAGACAUCGAGUAGGGGCCGUCGUCCUGUUGGAUGGAUUGAAUUUGACAUCGAUCGAAAACGUCCUCCACGUGGCCUCGCAAAAGCAGUUGUUCAACUACUACGUCUCUUGGUUCAUGAUCACGGCGAGAAAGGUCGAUACGAUAAUCGAUUCCGUUCUGCGUCAUCUUCCCAUAGGACUGGACAGCGACGUGGUCGUAGGCACGUCCUAUUUAAACCACUCGGACGCCAAAGAAAUGACAGGACGCUAUCUAAACAGGACUUGCGCGGCUCUUCGGCGUUAUGGAAGCACCUUCGAAUUCCAACCGAUGCCUCGACGCAAAGAGGACGAGAAUUCCACGAUGAAUUUGCAGUACGUCAUCCUGGAGAACAGGACGAUGAGCUUCUAUUUAACUCACGUCUACAAAAUUCGCAUUCCGGACAAUUCUAGCCUGGUCGUGGACGACUUGGGCUCCUGGAACCCAGGCUCCUAUUCGUUACGAUUUCCAGUUAGCGUUAAACUCCGGAAUAAUUUCGGCGGAUUGCCCAUCGUGGUCGGUGUUUUAAAUGGCAGCAACGAUGGGCAAGCCGAAGUCACCGAGGAGGACGACACUCAAGGCGUCGUCCCUCUUAUGGACAUCAUGACGUUCGUGGCGAACAGCAUGAACGCGAGCAUGGAGAUGGUUCCCCAUGAGAAAUUGGGCACUGUGACCAACAAGGCGUGGAGCAACCUCCUCGGGGAUGUCGUUUCCGGAACCGUUGACAUCGGUUUAGGGUACAUCACGACUACUGACGAGCGACAACGAGAAAUGAGUUUCACGCAUCCCCUUAUUCGCUAUAUGAGGAACAUCUACUUCCACCCUCCGGAGUCGGGGACCAUGAGGGACAUUUUCUUGCAGCCUUUUAACGACAAACUGCUUCUGGGGGUUGCGAUGACUUACGUGUUCAUCGUUUUCGCAAUGGGCGCUAUAAAUUAUGCCAGCAAGACGGUUUUCCAAGAUGGCGGGGAAAAUGCUGGCCUCGGGGAAGCUGCUCUUUGGUGCAUCAGCAUCAUGUGCAUGCAAGGAUCUCCGUGGACUCCAAGAAAUCCUUCCGGGAAAACCGUACUUCUAGCGAGCUUGAUUUUUGCUCUAGUUACGUACAACGCGUAUGCUGGCUUCAUCACUUCGAUUUUGUCCGUCCAAGCCAGCGGGAUAAAAACGCUCUCGGACCUUUUGCAAAAUAAUUUCAAGUUUGGUUAUAGCGUUAGCGACGACGAGUACAUUCGCAACGCGAAUGACAGUAAUCUUCGGCAGCUGUAUAUAAAGGCUUUUAAUAGUCGGGAAUCGCAGCUGGAUACGACCUUGGGCCUCAAAAGAGCUGUCAAAGGUGGUUACAGCUUUUUCGUCAGCGCAACGCUUGCUCGAAGAGCUCUUCGGACAUCUUUGAUCCAAGAUCGGUGUUCAUUGAGCGAACUGGUCAUUCCACAGACUUUCACAGUCGUGGCCUUGCCCAUGGCUAAUACAUGUCCUUACAAGAAGAUAAUCAAUCUAAGUAUCAUGAGAAUUAGAGAACGCGGAGUCCUGGACAGGAUAUUGCAUAGAAUGAUGCCAAGUAUGCCAAAAUGUUACACACCAACGACAUUUCACAGUGCAAGACUGGCGGACGUGUACUCGGCAAUUGUUAUCCUCGCUAUUGGGGUGGUCAUGUCCUUUUUCAUUGGCAUUAUCGAGAGACUCUGGUAUAAACGGCGCAGACUGCGAGAAAGAAUUCUUCGAGGUGUUAGGUUGUACCAAAAGAGAGCUCGACUUCAUCCUCAGAAACACCCUGAAGGGACUCUGAAUGGCUGGAGAGACCGUUUGUACGUUGAUAAGGACAACCCUGAUGAAGAUCCUUAUCAGGAAGGUACGAACAGGGAAAAUCAAAAUACACUCCAUCGGAGACGAAAAUUACCAGUAUGGAAGAGAUCAAAUGCGUCCCAGAAAGAGAACAGGAAUUCCUCUGGAAAUUCUGUGAAUAGAUCCAAAGAGACCUUCGUGACUUCAUUUUCUCGGCACAAAACGAAGAAGGAAGACAUUCAUAAUCCGGAGAUAUCAGUUGACAAUUCGAAAACUCACGAGUCCGAUGUCAUUCCUUUUCAGCACUAA